GCGCUGGUCCAAGUCAGUCGCAAGCAGACGACGCCGAUAUCUUCCAGCUACACCUCCAUACGAAAACACCUCACCUCUGAGCAGCUGCAGCAAACACCGCCAACAUGGCGACCCAAACUCCAGCCGUUGUCAUGGACAACGGUACUGGUUACUCCAAACUAGGCUUCGCCGGCAACGAUUCUCCUUCAUUCGUCUUUCCCACCGCAAUCGCUACCAAGGCAGCCGGGCAGGCGGGAGGCAGCUCCGGCUCGGGUAGACCGGCCGUCGCGAACAAGCCGUCCUUCUUGACUGGAGGUGCUGGGCCCACGGGACAUUUGUCUGGCAAGAGAGGCACCGAGGACUUGGACUUCUUCAUUGGCGAUGAAGCGCUUGCGGCAUCGUCAGGACCUGGCUACGGCAUCCACUAUCCAAUCCGACAUGGCCAGAUCGAGAAUUGGGAUCAUAUGGAACGCUUCUGGUCUAACAGCAUCUUCAAAUAUCUACGAGUCGAGCCCGAAGACCACUACUUCCUCCUCACCGAACCUCCGCUCAAUCCACCCGAGAAUCGCGAGAACACCGCCGAGAUUAUGUUUGAAUCAUUCAACUGCGCAGGAUUAUACAUUGCCGUGCAAGCCGUGCUUGCUCUCGCCGCAUCAUGGACAUCAUCUAAAGUCCAAGAUCGAUCAUUGACUGGAACUGUGAUUGACUCUGGUGAGGGUGUCACACACGUCAUUCCUGUUGCAGAAGGAUAUGUCAUUGGCAGUUCGAUAAAGUCGAUCCCAAUCGCUGGAAGAGAUAUCACAUACUUUGUGCAGUCGCUGCUGCGUGACCGAGGAGAGCCAGACAGCAGCCUGAAGACGGCGGAGAGGAUCAAGGAGGAGUUCUGCUACGUGUGCCCGGACAUCGUCAAGGAGUUCCAACGAUACGAUCGCGAGCCAGAUGACCGGUUCAAGCAGUACAUCGUCCGCCACUUGAACGGCCGAAGCGUGACAGUGGACGUGGGUUACGAACGCUUCUUGGCACCUGAGAUCUUCUUCAACCCGGAGAUUUACAGCUCCGAUUUCCUAACGCCCCUGCCAAACAUCGUGGACACAGUCAUCCAGACCUCGCCAAUUGACGUACGAAGAGGCUUAUACAAGAACAUUGUGCUUUCCGGAGGUUCCACGCUCUAUAACCAAUUCGGACGACGAUUACAACGCGACAUCAAGCAUCUGGUAGAUGCACGGAUCGCAACCUCCGAAGCACGUGCGGGCAAUGCGGCAAAGUCCGGAGGUCUGGAAGUCCAAGUCAUUACACACAAGCGACAACGACAUGGACCUUGGUUUGGAGGAUCUUUGCUUGGAUCGACACCCGAGUUCCGCAGCUAUUGCCACACAAAGGCCGAUUACGACGAGAUAGGCCCCAGCAUUGUCCGACGAUUCGCUCUUCUUGGAGGUCCAGGCAGCACGUAAUAUAGACCGUAUGUCCGAUCGUGGAGAAAGCAAGUAAAUUGUCUGGCCGGCCGUCGAUUGCGUACUUGCUGCAAGCAAAAGUUGUAUCUGAUGUUGAUAGAGAAGCUCUGGAGCUGUGAGCUUCAAGCGAGUGCCACAUGGGAGGAUUGUUCCGAAACGAGAUUCAGCGCGAAGCAGCAGUCGAUCAUCAGGCCGCGGUAUAGACUCGGCACUUACGUAGAGACGAAAUGCGAAUGCAUGCAAGAU